AUGGAAGGACAUCAAAUAGUUCUUGAAAUAGAAUCUGAAUCCCCUAUUGGUGGAAAGCAGACGAAGCAAUUUGAAUUGAAAACCAUACAAAUUCAUGCGACCAAAGAUCGCGUGCAGCAAAAGAUGACUUAUGCUCAAUCCAAAUGGAGAGCGAAGUGGAACGUAUUCCUAAAUUACGGAUUUCAACAGAGCACCACGCAAAAUCGUUGCAAUUCCUGCGGGAGAGAAAGUUCAAUGGGUUUUGAUAUUCUCAUUGAUUUAACCCCAGAUUUUGUGAUUUCUCCAAAAAAAGGAUCAAAGCAUGUCCUUGAUCACUUGUUAAAUCUGUGGAAUACCAAGACUUUGUCUGAUGUCACUUUUAGUUGCAAGAACUAUAACAUCAAAGCUCACACCCUAAUCCUCGCUUCCGGAAGUCCCGUAUUGGCAGCAAUGUUUCAACACAACUUUCGAGAAAACCAAGAAAAAGUGGUCGAAAUCAAAGACAUCGAUCCCGAGAUUUUCGAAGAACUUCUUUGUUACAUUUACACUGGAAAUUUCAACAGCGGAAGAAACGUGAAUGUUGCUGAAUUGCUAGUUGCAGCAGACAAAUAUGCGGUUGAGACAUUAAAAGAAGAGUGCGCUCUUAUUUUAUCCCGGAAGUUGAAGGUAGAAAACGCGGCACAUUACCUGGUGCUGGCACAUCUCUAUAAUUCACCAAAACUUCGCGAAGCCUCAUUAGAUUUCAUCUCUAAGAACGCAAAAGCUAUCUGUUCACGCAAGGAUUGGAUGGAAAUUACCAAGAACUAUCCAGAACUUAGCUUCCAGGCCACGCAGCUUAUCAUUGGUCUUCUAUAG